GUGAGACUGUACCGCGUACGGCAAUAAUUUUUUUACAUUUUUUCUCCUGCUCUUGACUGUCAUUUUUUAUACGUCUGUGCUCGUAUCGUGAUCUCAAUACUGUACGUAUAACGCACCGCGUAUCUUCGCCUGUAAACGUCUGCAGUCGUCUACGGAUACCUGCCGUGGUGUCAACGAACAUUCCGCGGUGUAUAACGUUCUAUUAUAGGUGGGUAAAGCAUAUAUCCAACGGGCUGUACACUAUAUAGGUCCGACCGACUGUGCGUGCGCCUUUUAUUCGCAAACGGACAGAGACCGAGCGCGGACGAGCGGACGAACGUUGACAAAUGCGCCGAAAUGCGCCGCCGCACAGUGACGCAGCCGAGCGCGAUGUCCGUUUGAAACGUUAUUAUAAUUAUUGUUACCGUCAUUGAAGAGCCGGAACGAGCGACGACGACGUCUGGUCGUCCGUAUAACAGCAAAAACAGCCGCAGCCGCAGCCCGGCCAACUCGCCACGAUGGCCGACAGCGAGGGAAGUUCGGAACAGGACGAUGUGUCGUUUCUCCGGACCGAAGAUAUGGUGUGUUUAUCAUGCACUGCGACUGGAGAAAGAGUUUGUCUUGCAGCUGAAGGAUUUGGAAAUCGGCACUGUUACUUGGAAAAUAUUGCCGAUAAAAAUAUUCCACCCGACUUGUCUCAGUGUGUAUUUGUCAUUGAACAAGCAUUAUCAGUGAGAGCUUUACAAGAACUAGUUACAGCUACAAGUUCUCAAGAAGGAAAAGGUGGAACUGGAUCUGGACACCGAACAUUGUUGUAUGGAAAUGCUAUUUUAUUACGUCAUCAAAAUAGCGAUAUGUAUUUAGCUUGUUUAUCAACAAGUUCGUCAAAUGAUAAAUUAUCUUUUGACGUUGGUUUACAAGAGCAUUCACAAGGUGAAGCUUGUUGGUGGACUGUGCAUCCAGCAUCGAAACAACGAUCAGAGGGUGAAAAAGUUAGAGUUGGAGAUGAUCUAAUUUUAGUGUCUGUGGCAACUGAACGGUAUUUGCACACCGCCAAAGAAAAUGAGUUAUCUGUAGUUAAUGCAUCAUUUCACGUAACUCAUUGGUCAGUACAACCAUAUGGUACUGGUAUCAGUAGAAUGAAAUACGUUGGUUAUGUUUUUGGUGGAGACGUACUAAGAUUCUUUCAUGGCGGUGAUGAGUGCUUGACAAUACCGUCGACGUGGAGCAAUGUAUCUGGACAAAAUAUAGUAAUUUAUGAAGGCGGAAGCGUUAUGAGUCAAGCAAGGUCAUUAUGGCGUUUGGAAUUGGCUAGAACUAAAUGGGCUGGUGGAUUCAUUAAUUGGUAUCAUCCAAUGCGAAUAAGACAUUUGACAACCGGACGGUAUUUAGGUGUCAAUGAAAACAAUGAGUUACAUUUAGUUUGCAGAGAAGAAGCCACCACUGCUUCAUCUACAUUUUUUUUACGUCAAGAGAAAGACGAUCAAAAAAUAAUUUUAGAAGACAAAGAUUUAGAAGUAAUUGGAGCACCUAUUAUUAAGUAUGGUGACAGUACGGUAUUAGUACAACAUUCUGAUACAGGUUUAUGGUUAACAUACAAGUCUUAUGAAACAAAAAAAAAAGGCGUCGGUAAAGUAGAAGAAAAACAAGCAGUAUUACAUGAAGAAGGUAAAAUGGACGAUGGGUUAGACUUUAGUAGGAGUCAAGAAGAAGAGUCUAGAACUGCUAGAGUGAUACGUAAAUGCUCCUCAUUAUUCACACAGUUUAUUUCCGGACUGGAAAAUUUACAAAGUAACAGACGUUCGUCAUUAUUUUGUUCAUUCGUUAAUCUAAAUGAAAUGGUCAUGUGUCUAGAAGAUUUAAUAAAUUAUUUUGCUCAACCUGAAGAAGAUAUGGAACACGAAGAAAAACAAAAUCGAUUUAGAGCAUUAAGAAAUAGACAAGAUUUAUUUCAAGAAGAAGGCAUAUUAAAUCUGAUUCUAGAAGCUAUUGAUAAAGUUAAUAUUAUUACGUCACAAGGAUUUAUGGUCAGUUUAGCUGGUGAUGAGUCUGGACAAAGUUGGGAUGUGAUUUCUGGUUAUUUAUACCAGUUGCUAGCUGCAAUUAUAAAGGGAAAUCAUACUAAUUGUGCUCAAUUUGCUAACACUAACCGAUUAAAUUGGUUAUUUAGUCGAUUAGGAUCUCAAGCAUCCAGUGAGGGAACUGGUAUGUUAGAUGUACUUCACUGUGUUCUCAUUGAUUCUCCGGAAGCUUUAAAUAUGAUGAAAGAUGAACAUAUAAAAGUAAUAAUAUCUCUUUUGGAAAAACAUGGUCGUGAUCCAAAAGUGUUAGACGUUUUAUGUUCCCUAUGCGUUGGUAACGGUGUGGCCGUAAGAAGUUCACAAAAUAAUAUAUGUGAUUUCUUAUUACCAGGAAAAAAUUUACUUCUUCAGACCUUACUUGUUGAUCAUGUAGCCAGUGUACGUCCCAAUAUUUUUGUUGGUCAUGUUAGUGGAUCUGCCGUUUAUCGAAAAUGGUAUUAUGAAGUAGCAAUAGAUCAUGUAGAACAAACUACACAUUUAAAUCCACACAUUCGAAUUGGAUGGGCAAAUACUGCAGGUUAUGUUCCGUAUCCUGGUGGCGGAGAAAAAUGGGGUGGAAAUGGCGUUGGGGAUGAUUUAUAUUCUUUCGGAUUUGAUGGGUCAUAUUUAUGGACAGGAGGACGUAAAUCAGAAGUGAUGCCUGGUUCAGAAAUUUCUAACAUUAAAAAAGGUGAUGUAAUCGGUUGUGCAUUAGAUUUAACUAUUCCAAUUAUAACUUUUACAUUGAACGGUCAAUUGGUCCAAGGAGCCUUCAGAGACUUCAAUUUAGAUGGGAUGUUUUUCCCAGUAAUUAGUUGUUCAUCAAAAGUCAGCUGUCGUUUUUUAUUGGGCGGAGAUCAUGGUCGAUUGAAGUUUACUCCUCCAGACGAAUUUUCUCCUCUAUUUGAAAGUUUAUUACCUCAACAAAUUUUGACAAUCGAUCCGUGCUUCUAUUUUGGAAAUCUUAAUAAAUGCGUACUCACGGGACCGUGGUAUGUUGAAGAUGAUACAGCAUUUGUUCCAAAUCCAGUUGAUACAUCAAUGGUCACUUUACCUAGUUACAUAGAAAAUAUUAAAGAUAAAUUAGCAGAGAAUAUUCAUGAAAUGUGGGCAAUGAAUAAAAUUGAAGCUGGUUGGCAAUAUGGUGAUAAAAGAAAUGAUACUAGGAAAUAUCAUCCAUGUUUAAUACAGUUUGACAAGUUGCCUCCAGCCGAGAAGCGUUAUGAUUCUCAAUUAGCUGUGCAAACGCUUAAAACGGUUAUUGCGUUGGGAUAUCACAUAUCCAUCGAUAAUCCACCGUCCCGCAUUAAAACGGUACGGUUGCCCAACGAACCAUUUAUGCAAUCCAAUGGUUACAAACCAGCACCACUAGAUUUAUCUGCAAUAAAUUUGUCAGGGAAAAUGGAAGAAUUAAUUGACCAGUUAGCUGAGAAUACACAUAAUUUAUGGGCAAAAGAAAGAAUACAACAAGGAUGGACGUAUGGUUUAAAUGAAGAAUUACAAAUGUUACGCAGUCCUCAUUUAGUACCGUACAGCAAAGUAGAUGACGCUAUUAAAAAAGCUAAUAGAGAUACAGCAAGUGAAACAGUCCGCACUUUAUUAGUAUAUGGUUACAACUUAGACCCACCGACUGGAGAAACAAACGAAGCGACACUCCUAACAGACGAAAACACUAAUAGAUACUUGACGUUCAGAACAUAUCGUGCUGAAAAAACAUAUGCUGUUGCAAGUGGAAAAUGGUAUUUCGAGUUUGAGAUAUUGACAAACGGGCCCAUGCGAGUUGGAUGGGCCAGGUUUACAUGUUCUCCGGGUUAUCAAAUCGGUAGUGACGAAAAUUCUUGGGCAUUUGAUGGUUAUAACGAAGAAAAAAUUUAUAUGGGCACAGCCGAAUCAUUUGGGAGGCAGUGGCAAGUUGGAGAUGUCGUGGGAGUGUUUUUAGACCUAAUGGAUCAUACAAUAAGUUUUUCGUUGAAUGGAGAAUUACUAAUGGAUACAUUGGGAGGAGAAACUACGUUUUCUGAAGUUCAAGGAGAAGGAUUUGUACCUGCAUUUACUCUGGGACUAGGACAAAAAGCAAAAUUAACUUUUGGUCAAGACGUAAACUCAUUGAAAUACUUCACGACUUGUGGUCUUCAAGAAGGAUAUGAACCAUUUUGCGUAAACAUGAAGAGACCAGUAACAUAUUGGUAUACUAAGGAUCAACCAAUAUUUGAAAAUACUGAUGACUUUUCGUCUGUAAUUGAUGUUACAAGAAUUCCAGCUGGUUCAGAUACACCACCGUGUCUAAAAAUAAGUCAUAAUACAUUUGAAACCAUGGAAAAAGCUAAUUGGGAAUUUUUACGGCUAUCUUUGCCUGUCAUAUGUCUACCAAAUUUUAUUGAUGAACAAGAAAAACAAAGGAGAUGGCAAGAAAUCAGAAUUAGGCAGCACAGGUUAUUGUCACAAUCUGAGCAUGCUACUCCUGCUCAUAUUGAACAAAUAAUGAAAUCAGGAUUUUCAAUGAGUGAUAUAAAAGGUCUUCAUCGAGGUUAUUCGGAUGAUCCUGUAGAAAACGAUGAAAUGAUGCCAAACACUGCACCUUUACCACCAAGAGGAAAAAAUCAACCACCACCACCCAGACCACCACGAAAAGGGUCUUUAUCUAGACACGAUGACUUAACGAUCGAAAAUGACGGAAAGUUGAAUCGUUCAUCUAGUGAAUUGAAUUUUAACAUAUAUAAUCAGCAAAACGGUAAUGGCCAGGACAUAAACAAAGAUGACAAGAAAAAAAGAGGACGUUCUCCAUUUCGAUUUUUCUCGAGAAAAAAAGAAGGGCCUUCGGAUAAUCCUAAAAGAGCAAAAACUCCGGAUCCAGCUAGAAAUGUGGAUAGAUCACGUAAUGCUGCUCACAGACCUAAUACAUUAAAUGAAAGAAUAACUCCCCAAAUAAGAGUUUCACAAAUGGACUUAAAAUUGGUUCCACCAGCUAUUCCUGAUAGACCAGGAGGUCCAAAAGCAAUGUCAUUUACACCUUCAUCAGCAGGGAUUGAAUUCGUGGGAAAUGAAAUAUUUGAUUUAGAAUGUUUAAAAUUAAUAAACGAGUAUUACUAUGGUGUAAGAAUAUUUCCCGGCCAAGACCCUACACACGUUUACGUGGGAUGGGUUACUACUCAAUUUCAUCUCCAUAGUAAAGAUUUCAGUCAAAAUCAUGUUCGAAAAAGUACUGUUACAAUUGUCGAUGAACAUAAUAGAAUUUUAGAAAGUAUUGAUCGACAAAGCUGUUACAUGGUUCGAUCCGAUGAGUUAUACAACGAAGUAACAAAUGAUUCGUCGGGGAAGGGAGCAUCUCAAGGAAUGGCUAUAGGUUGUUUUAUUGAUAUAGCUACUGGAGUGAUGUCAUUUACAUGUGAAGGAAAAGAAACUAGUUUUAAAUUUAAAAUGGAACCAGAUAUUAAAUUAUUCCCUGCAAUAUUUGUGGAAGCUAGUAGCAAAGAGAUAUUACAAAUUGAAUUGGGUAGAACUUCUACUACACUUCCAUUAUCUGCAGCUGUUUUACAAAAUUCAGAACGCCAUGUUCUUCCUCAGUUUCCACCGAGAUUAAAAGUUCAAUGUUUAAGACCACAUCAGUGGGCUAGAGUUCCAAAUGAUUCUUUACACAUUCAUACUCUGAAAUUAUCUGACAUUAGAGGGUGGAGUAUACUUUGUGAAGACCCUGUGUCGAUGAUUGCAUUACACAUUCCCGAAGAAGAUCGAUGUAUAGAUAUUUUAGAGUUGAUUGAAAUGGAGAAAUUACUAUCUUUCCAUGCUCACACGUUGACUUUAUAUGCAGCUGUGUGCUAUCAAGCUAACUACCGAGCUGCUCACAUAUUAUGCACUCAUGUAAAUCAAAAACAAUUGUUAUAUGCUAUAUGUUCAGAAUAUAUGUCUGGUCCAUUGCGUCAAGGAUUUUAUGAUCUCUUAAUAGCUUUACAUUUAGAGUCCCAUGCAACAACAAUGGAGGUUUGUAAAAAUGAAUACAUUAUACCAUUGGGGCAUGAACUAACUGCUUUAUACGAUGAUCCACAAAUGGGUCAUAGCUUACGGUCGUUACAAACUGAAUCUGUUCGACCUCAAAUGAAAAUGACUGAAAUUUCAGACGUUAUUGACAAUGUUCGAAACUUAUACAGUCCUUAUUUCCCAUUGCAAGUAGUUAGAGAAUAUGUAAUGGCAGCCCUAGAAGAAGCAGUGUUAGUUAAUCAGGUUCAUAAUAGAGAUCCUAUUGGUGGAUCUAAUGAAAACUUGUUUUUACCAUUAUUAAAAUUAGUGGAUCGUCUUUUACUUGUCGGUAUGUUACGUGAUGAAGAUGUAGAAAAAUUAUUGAUAAUGAUUAAUCCAGAAACUUGGGAUCCUGAAUUUCAAAAAGAUGGUCCCGAUGAACAUAGAAAAGGUUUAUUACACAUGAAAAUGGCUGAGGGUGCAAAACUUCAAAUGUGUUAUUUAUUACAUCAUUUAUGUGAUAUUCAACUGAGGCAUAGGGUUGAAUCGAUAAUCUCUUUUAGUUAUCAAUUUGUCAAUGAUAUACAAAUAGAUCAAUUAAGAAGAUAUAAUGAAAUAAAACAAUCAGAUUUACCAUCUGCUGUUGCUGCAAAAAAGACGAGAGAGUUCCGAUGUCCGCCUCGUGAACAAAUGAAUGCAAUACUAGGCUUUAAAAAUUUGGAUAGUGAUGAUAAAGAAAAUUGUUUGAUAGGUGAUGAACUUCGUGAAAGAAUGAACGAAUUUAAUGAGAAACUCAUGAAACAAAUAUCAUUAGUAGCUCUUCAAGAAUCAGAAGAUGACAAAUUAGAUUUGAAUAACAUAAACAGAGAAGGUAAAAUAAAACAAUUUUAUAACUUUAUAAAUGCAGUGAAAGAUGAAGCAAAUGAAAAUGGUCUGAACGAACAUGAAAAAAAAAUACCAGAAGAAAUAUUUAGAAAAGUUUUAAUAACCACUAUUGUAUCAUGGGCUGAAGAAACUCAAAUUGAAACACCAAAAUUAGUUAGAGAAAUGUUCAGUUUAUUGGUUAGGCAGUAUGAUAGUGUAGGAGAAUUGAUUCGUGCAUUAGAGAAAACAUAUGUAAUUAAUUUUAAAACAAAAGAAGAUGUUGCUCAAAUGUGGGUUGGACUUAGUCAAAUCCGUUCUUUGUUGCCAGUGCAAAUGUCACAAGAAGAAGAAGAAUUGAUGAGAGAACGAUUAUGGAAACUGGUAAAUAACCACACAUUUUUCCAACAUCCUGAUUUAAUAAGAGUUCUUCGGAUGCACGAAAAUGUUAUGGCUGUCAUGAUGAAUACACUGGGAAGAAGAGCUCAAGCCCAAUCGCAACCAGGUGGAACUACUGUAACGGGACAAGAUGGAGAAAUCGUUCCGAAAGAAAAGGAUACAUCACAUGAAAUGGUCGUAGCUUGUUGUCGGUUCUUAUGUUAUUUUUGCCGUACAUCCAGGCAAAACCAAAAAGCCAUGUUUGACCAUUUUUCAUUUUUAUUAGAAAAUAGUAACAUAUUGCUCUCUAGACCGUCACUAAGAGGAAGUACACCACUCGAUGUUGCUUAUUCGUCACUCAUGGAAAAUACUGAACUUGCAUUAGCGUUGAGAGAACAUUAUUUGGAAAAGAUCGCGAUAUAUUUGUCUCGAUGUGGUUUGCAAUCUAAUUCUGAAUUGAUUGAGAAAGGAUAUCCUGAUUUAGGAUGGGAUCCAGUGGAAGGAGAAAGAUAUUUAGACUUUCUACGAUUUUGUGUUUGGGUCAACGGUGAAAGUGUAGAGGAAAAUGCAAAUUUAGUUAUUCGUUUGCUUAUUCGCAGGCCUGAGUGUUUGGGUCCUGCAUUAAGAGGAGAAGGAGAAGGACUUUUACGUGCCAUAAUUGAUGCAAAUAAAAUGUCUGAAAGAAUAGCAGAACGAAGAAAGUUCUUAGAAGAAUCGGGGAACCAAGAAAAUAUUCAAUUAGAUCAUCCGCUUCCGGAAUCCGAGGACGAUGAAGAUUAUAUUGAUACAGGAGCUGCCAUUUUAAAUUUUUACUGUACUCUUGUUGACUUACUAGGACGAUGUGCACCGGACAGUUCAGUAAUUGCACUGGGGAAAAAUGAAUCUUUACGUGCAAGAGCCAUUCUGAGAUCAUUAGUACCACUUGAAGAUUUACACGGUGUUCUUAGUCUUAGAUUUACAUUACAGAAUCCAGCUGCUGGUCAAGAUCGACCAAAGAGUGAUAUGCCCUCAGGGUUAAUACCAGGACACAAACAAAGUGUUGUUCUCUUUUUAGAACGAGUGUAUGGUAUCGAAAUGCAAGAGUUAUUUUUCACAUUACUAGAGGAAGCAUUUUUACCAGAUCUACGUACAGCAACAAUGCUUGAUAGAAAUGAUGGACUUGAAUCAGACAUGGCAUUGGCAAUGAAUAGAUAUAUUGGAAAUUCAGUAUUACCGUUACUCAUUGGUCAUUCAAAAUUCUAUAGCGAGUCCGAUAACUAUGCUAAUUUGUUAGAUGCAACGUUACACACUGUGUAUAGAUUAUCCAAAAAUAGAAUGUUAACAAAAGGGCAGCGAGAAGCUGUUUCAGACUUUUUAGUAGCAUUAACUAGUCAAAUGCAACCAAGUAUGUUAUUAAAACUACUGAGAAAACUUACGGUUGAUGUUUCAAAUUUAUCAGAGUAUACUACUGUAGCGCUUAGAUUGUUAACUUUGCAUUACGAUCGAUGUGCAAAAUACUAUGGAUCAACAGGUGGUCAAGGAAUUUACGGAGCUUCUAGCGACGAAGAAAAAAGAUUAACCAUGAUGUUAUUCAGUAACAUAUUUGAUUCCUUGUCAAAAAUGGACUACGAUCCAGAACUUUUCGGAAAAGCAUUACCUUGCCUAUCAGCAAUUGGAUGUGCUUUGCCUCCAGAUUAUUCACUGUCAAAAAAUUAUGAUGACGAGUGGUAUGGUUCGAAACAGAAUAUUCAAGGCCCUUCUGAUGGACCUUACAAUCCACAACCAAUAAACACGAAUAGCAUUGUUCUUGAUAAUGACUUGAACUCUAUUGUACAUAAGUUCUCAGAACAUUAUCAUGAUGCAUGGGCAAAUCGUAAAUUGGAAAAUGGGUGGGUUUAUGGAGAACAAUUUAAUGAUGUUAAUAAAAGUCAUCCUCGUCUAAAACCAUACAUGAUGUUGAGUGAAUACGAAAAAGAACUAUACAAAGAACCUGUAAGAGAGUCCCUUAAAGCAUUACUUGCAAUAGGAUGGAGUAUUGAACAUUCAGAGAACGAUGCACCAUUGAAUAAUAGAGGAUCUGUUCGACGUCAAUCAAAGUCUAAUGAGAAUGUAACGCCGUUUGACUACCAUCCGAAUCCCAUAGAUAUGACUAACCUUACACUCACUAGAGAAAUGCAAAAUAUGGCGGAAAGAUUAGCAGAAAACUCCCAUGACAUUUGGGCUAAGAAGAAAAAAGAAGAAGUUAUGUUGUGUGGAGGAGGUAUUCAUAAUCAAUUGGUUCCGUAUGAUUUGCUGACCGAUAAAGAAAAGAAAAAAGAUCGAGAACGCUCACAAGAGUUCCUUAAAUAUUUGCAGUAUCAAGGUUAUAAAUUACACAGACCGAAUCGUAAUGGAGGACCUUCAGAAGCUGAACAAUUGGCUGCUGCAUCAACAGGGGAACUUCGAUUUUCUUACAGUUUAUUAGAAAAAUUGAUUCAUUACAUUGACAGAGCGUCUAUAAACAUGAAACUUUUAAAACCUUCAGGCACAUUUAGCAGGCGUUCUAGUUUCAAAAUCUGUACAAGAGAUAUUAAAUUUUUCUCCAAAGUUGUGCUACCGUUAGUUGAGAAAUAUUUUAGCACUCAUAGAAAUUACUUCAUAACGGUUGCAACAGCUUCAAGUGUUUUGGGUGCAGCUUCGUUAAAGGAAAAAGAAAUGGUCGCUAGUUUAUUUUGUAAGUUGGCAAAUCUUUUGAGAUCUAAGUUAAUGGCCUUUGGAGCUGAUGUCCGUAUAACCGUACGAUGUCUACAAGUGCUUGUCAAAGCUAUUGAUGCUAAGUCACUCGUAAAAAACUGUCCUGAGUUUAUUAGAACUUCAAUGCUUACAUUUUUCCAUAACAUCGCUGAUGAUUUGGAACAUACAAUUCAAAAUUUGCAUGAUAGUCGUUAUUGUUAUUUGAGAGGAACUCAUUUGAAAACAUCAACUUCAUUAUUUUAUGUUAAUGACGUAAUUUUACCAGUUUUAUCAUCGCUUUUUGAUCAUUUAGCUGCAUAUGAAUAUGGAAACGAGCUAUUGUUAAAUGAAAUUCAAGUAGCAGCUUAUAAAAUGUUGAGUAGUUUAUAUACUCUUGGCACAGAUACAUCUUUAACGCAUGAUAGAAAAUAUUUAAAAGUACAGUUGGAAAGACAUCGUCCGGCGUUUGGUAGUUGCUUGGGUGCAUUUAGUUCAACAUUUCCUGUGGCUUUCCUUGAACCACAUCUGAAUAAACACAAUCAAUAUUCGCUUCUUAAUCGAUUUGCUGACAGUUCAUUGGAAGCUCAGGAUAUAAUGUCUAGAAUGGAAGGCACUAUGCCUACUCUAGAAACUGUAUUAAAUGAAGUUGACCAGUUUGUCGAAUCAGAAAAAACAUAUGCUGAUGCACCUCACAUUAUUGAUGUUAUUUUACCUUUAUUGUGUUCAUACUUACCGUACUGGUGGGCACAAGGUCCAGAUAAUGUUGCUCUGACCACAGGUAAUCAUGUUACAAUGGUGACCAGCGAACAUAUGAACUGUCUAUUAAAAAAUGUUUUAAAGUUAAUAAAAAAAAAUAUUGGAAAUGAUAAUGCCCCUUGGAUGACACAAAUAGCAGCUUAUACACAACAAAUAAUUAUUAAUUCUUCAGAAGAAUUAUUAAAAGAUCCAUUUCUACCACUUGCAGAACGAGUUAAAAAACGUACAGAAACAUUAUACCAUAAAGAAGAAUCAUUAAGAGGAUUUAUAAAAUCAUCUACUGAUGAUACGUCCCAAAUCGAAGCACAAAUACAAGAAGAUUGGCAAUUGGUUGUUAGGGAUAUUUAUGCUUUUUAUCCACUCCUCAUAAAAUACGUGGAUCUUCAGCGCAAUCACUGGCUACGUAAUAACAUAUCAAAUGCUGAAGAUUUAUACAAUCAUGUCUCUGAAAUAUUUAACAUUUGGUCCAAAUCGCAAUACUUUUUACGUGAAGAACAAAACUUUAUAUCUGCAAAUGAAAUUGAUAACAUGAUACUUAUUAUGCCAACGGCAACUCGGAGAUCGGCUGUUAUAUCAGAAACUUCGUUAGGAGGGUCAUCUGGAAAGAAAAAGAAAAAACACAGGGAUAAAAAACGUGACAAAGAAAAAGAAAUUCAAGCUUCAUUGAUGGUGGCUUGUCUUAAACGAUUACUGCCAGUUGGUUUAAAUUUGUUCGCGGGAAGAGAACAAGAAUUAGUUCAACAUUGCAAGGAUAGAUUCUUAAAAAAAAUGCCAGAUUAUGAUGUGAUACAAUUUGUCAAAAUUCAAUUGACAUUACCCGAUAAAUUAGACCCAGCUGACGAAAUGUCCUGGCAGCACUAUUUAUACUCCAAGUUAGGAAGCAAAAAAGGAAAUACUGAAAUUAAACCACAACAAGUCGACGAGGUAGCGGAUAGAAUUGUCGCUAUGGCUAAAGUUCUUUAUGGAUUGCAUAUGUUGUCCCACAAUAAUAACCAAAUUCAUCGGCUGGGAUGGAGAACGAUAUUAUCGGUUGCCAGAAAAAGAGCCGCUAUAGCCUGCCUUAGAAUGACUCCAAUAUACUGCAUAAAAAGACACCGUGCAGUAAAUAUAUUCGUUCGUUCGUUUUACGAACUUUGGCUUCAAGAUGAAAAUAUUGGACAAGAAGUUAUGAUUGAAGAUCUCACACAAUCAUUUGAAGAAGCGGAACUUAAAAAACGUGACAAGGAAGAAGAAGAAGGAAUGGCAGAUCCAUUAAAUCAAAUGGUUACAACUUUCUGCCGAGGAGCCAUGACUGAAAGAAGUGGUGCUUUACAAGAGGACCCUCUUUACAUGUCUUAUGCUGAUAUUUUGGCUAAGUCCUGCGGCGAAGAAGAAGAAGAAGGUAAUAACGAAGAAGAAGGUUCAAAUGGUAACGGAGAUGAAGAAGGCGGUGCUUCUAUCCAUGAGCAAGAAAUGGAAAAACAAAAGCUUUUGUUUCACCAAGCUCGAUUGGCUAACCGUGGUGUCGCAGAAAUGGUUUUAUUACACAUAUCAGCUUGCAAAGGUAUACCCAGUGAAAUGGUUAUGAAAACGCUUCAAUUGGGAAUCGCAGUUCUCCGUGGUGGUAAUUUAGACAUUCAAAUGGGAAUGUUAAAUCAUUUAAAAGAAAAGAAAGAUGUUGGAUUUUUUACUUCAGUUGCUGGUUUAAUGAACUCAUGCAGCGUUCUUGAUUUGGACGCUUUUGAGAGAAAUACCAAAGCAGAAGGUUUGGGAGUAGGAUCGGAAGGUGCUGCUGGUGAAAAAAAUAUGCAUGAUGCAGAGUUCACGUGUACUCUAUUUAGAUUUAUUCAAUUAACUUGUGAAGGACAUAAUUUAGAAUGGCAAAAUUAUUUAAGAACCCAAGCAGGAAAUACCACAACUGUAAAUGUUGUAAUUUGUACAGUGGAUUAUUUACUUAGGCUUCAGGAAUCUAUAAUGGAUUUUUAUUGGCAUUAUUCGAGUAAAGAGUUAAUCGAUCCAGCAGGAAAAGCAAAUUUCUUCAAAGCAAUCGGUGUCGCCAGCCAAGUGUUUAAUACACUAUCCGAAGUAAUUCAAGGACCAUGUACUCAAAAUCAACAGGCCCUAGCUCAUUCCAGGUUGUGGGAUGCUGUUGGAGGGUUUUUGUUUUUAUUUUCACACAUGCAAGAUAAAUUAUCGAAACAUUCUAGUCAAGUAGAUUUACUAAAAGAACUUUUGAAUUUACAAAAAGAUAUGAUUACGAUGAUGCUGUCAAUGUUAGAAGGAAAUGUUGUUAAUGGAACAAUUGGUAAACAAAUGGUUGACACUCUAGUAGAGUCGGCGUCAAAUGUCGAGUUGAUAUUGAAAUAUUUUGACAUGUUCCUGAAACUUAAAGAUUUAACGAGUUCAACAAGCUUUACGGAAAUUGACCCCAAUAACGAUGGUUGGGUACAUCCCAAAGAUUUUAAAGAAAAAAUGGAACAACAAAAAAGUUAUACUGCGGAGGAAAUUGAAUUUAUGUUACAAUGUUGUGAAUCUAAUCAUGAUGGAAAAAUUGAUUACAUUGGCUUCACUGAUCAAUUCCACGAGCCAUCUAAAGAAAUUGGUUUUAAUCUUGCCGUAUUAUUAACUAAUCUAUCAGAACAUAUGCCAAAUGAACCUAGAUUAACAAGAUUCCUAGAAACAGCUAGCAGUGUUUUGAACUAUUUCCAACCGUUCCUGGGUAGAAUUGAAAUUCUUGGAGGAAGUAAGCGUAUAGAACGGGUGUACUUUGAAAUUAAAGAAUCAAAUAUCGAACAGUGGUUAAAACCUCAAAUUAGGGAAUCUAAACGAGCGUUCUUUUAUUCAAUCGUUACCGAAGGUGGUGAUAAAGAAAAAUUAGAAGCAUUCGUUAAUUUCUGUGAGGAUGCUAUAUUUGAAAUGCAACACGCUAGUGGUCUUAUGGCAGUCGAUGACGGAUCCGGUAUAGGUGGUGGAAAAUCUAGAAAAACAGCUUACACUUAUCUUGCAGAUGACGAAGAAAACAAGACGGCAAAAGAUCCCAUUCGAAGAGGCAUACAGGCCAUCAAAUAUGGAUUCCAACUAUUGUUUUUCGUGUUGUCACCCACUAAUAUUAAAAACAAAAUCAAUGAAAUUCAACAAAUGAGUUUCGUUGAACUGAUCACUUCGUUUUUCAAACUCUGGUUUUAUUUAAUAUUCUACACUGGAUACAGUGGAGUUUAUGUGUUAAGGUAUAUAUCUCGUAUUCUCAUGCAACUAAUGAGUGGCACGCAAUCCGAAGAAACAACUGUAGAAGUUGUAGAAGAAAAGAGCGGAUCGUUCAGAAUGCUACCUGCAUUACCAUCUUCGGGAGUAGAUGAACCGCCGUCCACUUUAAUAGACAGUAGUAAUAUGAGAAAAAAUUCUGGUGCACCUGAUUCAAAACAUGUAAAAUCAACCACAGUCGGAGACGAUAAAGACGAAACGUCGACAGAAAAUCAUGAAAAAGAAGACGGUGUGAAAUCGGAAGAUAACUCGGAACUACAAGCAUCGUUUGUUGAUCUAUUAGUAGGCGAGUCGGCUAGAAAAGAUUCUAUUGCCGGCCCUGAAGUUUUGGCUCAACAACAAGCUGUUAUGGCAGCUGUAGAAGCAGAAAUCAAACAAAAGAACUCUGUCGAAAAUCCUAGUGCAUUUUCUACGAUCGAUAUCAACGCAUACACUCACCGUGCUUUAAGUUUUUUGGCAAGAAACUUUUAUAAUUUAAAAUACGUUGCACUAGUAUUAGCAUUCUGCAUUAAUUUCAUACUACUCUUUUACAAGGUGACAACUCUUGCCGAAGAUUUAUCAGACGACGGAGACAGCAAAGAUUUUGCACUGGGUUCGGCUGGCAUAAGCAAUGACGAUAUCGACGAUUCGAAUAGUACCGAAAUAGCCGAUGACGAUGGAGCAUUGGAACUUGUACAUGUCAACGAGGACUUCUUUUACAUGGCACACGUUAUGCGACUUGCGGCUUUGCUUCACUCGCUGGCCUCAUUAGCAAUGUUGAUUGCAUACUACCAUUUGAAAGUGCCAUUGGCCAUAUUCAAACGGGAAAAAGAAAUCGCGAGGAGAUUAGAAUUCGACGGUCUAUACAUUGUUGAACAACCAGAAGACGAUGACAUAAAAUCACACUGGGACAAGUUGGUGAUCUCCGCCAAGUCGUUUCCGGUGAAUUAUUGGGACAAGUUUGCAAAGAAAAAAGUUCGUCAAAAGUAUAGUGAGACGUACGAUUUUGAUUCCAUAAGUAAUUUAUUGGGCAUGGAAAAGACAUCAUUUAGCACUCAAGAAAAUGAAGAACGGACGGGCUUAAUAAAUUUUGUUAUUAAUAUCGAUUGGAGAUAUCAAGUAUGGAAAGCUGGAGUCACAAUAACAGACAACGCAUUCCUGUACAGUCUGUGGUAUUUCACAUUUUCGAUUCUGGGAAACUUUAACAAUUUCUUUUUUGCCGCUCAUCUACUGGACGUGGCCGUUGGCUUUAAAACGCUAAGAACUAUCUUGCAGUCCGUAACUCAUAACGGAAAACAGCUAGUAUUGACCGUUUUGCUUUUAACGAUCAUAGUAUACAUAUACACAGUUAUUGCAUUUAACUUCUUCAGGAAGUUCUAUAUCCAAGAAGAAGAUGACGAAGUGGAUAAAAAAUGUCACGACAUGUUAACGUGUUUCGUGUUCCAUCUUUACAAAGGUGUGAGAGCCGGUGGUGGUAUCGGAGACGAAAUCGGAUCACCUGACGGCGAUGAUUACGAAGUUUACAGAAUAAUGUUUGAUAUUACAUUCUUUUUCUUCGUUAUCAUUAUACUUUUGGCCAUCAUUCAAGGUUUGAUCAUUGACGCGUUCGGAGAGCUGCGUGACCAACUGGAAAGCGUCAAAGAGGACAUGGAAUCCAAUUGUUUCAUCUGCGGCAUCGGCAAAGAUUAUUUCGACAAAGUUCCGCACGGUUUUGACACGCACGUUCAAGAAGAACACAACCUUGCUAACUACAUGUUUUUCCUAAUGCAUCUGAUCAACAAACCGGACACGGAAUAUACCGGCCAAGAAACGUACGUCUGGAACAUGUAUCAGCAACGGUGUUGGGACUUCUUCCCGGUAGGAGACUGUUUCCGUAAACAAUACGAAGAGGAGCUUGGCGGCGGAGGAGGCGUCUGAUAAUAGUGUUUUUGUGUUUGAUUGGCCCGGAAAUAAUAUUUUCUGUUGUGUUUUGUUACUUACGCACCACCGCGACUGUUUCUAGACCGUCGCCAUUAAAUAUAGUCAUCGUCCGUGGUCAUUAUUAUUAUUAUUAUUAUACAUCAUUAAAAUAUUAUUUUAUUGUUCGCUGUUGGAUUUUCUCAGUAGAGGCGUAUAAUAUAUUAUAGAUUAUAUUAUA